GGUAGUUAGCGUUGAUUUUUCGCGCGUCUUCUUGCCCUUAGUUAUUUUACUUUCCGCCUCUUUAUGGUUGGUUAACGGUGACGUCAGUAGAGUCACAUGAGAAGUCUUGUGACUUGUGAAUUUUAUUAUCAGUUCUUUGUUACAUAUUUGAAGAAACUUGUGCAUCACCAUGAAGCUGCUGUUGUUUGCGUUGCUGCCAUGCGUCCUGGCACUUCCACCACUGGUUGUGGACAUGAACCAGGAAAAACAUCUACAGACCGACAUCGACAUGGGCCGUGACAUGGAACACCUGUUCUCUACAUUCAAGCAAGUCCAUAGCCGAGUUUACGCUGACCAGUGGGAAGAACAAUACAGACGGGGUAUAUUCGAGGCCCACGUAUCCCACAUCAAGGAUCACAACAAGAAAUACAGCAAUGGCGAGAAAUCCUACUUCCUUGGUGUCAACCAGUUUACUGAUAUGACCCACAAAGAGUUUCUGCAGCUUUACACUGGCCACAUUAAGGACCGUCAACAACACAACGCGUCUACCUACCUCUCCCCAUCCAAUAUUCUCCUGCCAGACCAAGUGGACUGGAGACAGAAGGGAUACGUCACUCCCGUCAAGAACCAGGGACAGUGUGGAUCAUGCUGGUCAUUCAGUGCUACUGGUUCCAUUGAGGGCCAGCAUUUCAAGGCGACUGGUAAGCUGAUCUCCCUCAGUGAACAGCAGCUGGUGGAUUGUUCCGGUUCCUUUGGCAACCAGGGGUGCAACGGAGGUUUAAUGGAUCAGGCUUUUGAGUAUGUGAAGAGUUCUGGUGGACUGGAGAGUGAGGAUGAUUAUCCCUACCUUGCAGAGGAAGAGGACAAAUGCAAGUACAAUAAGAAGCUUGAGAAAGCCGAAGUUACUGGGUACGUUGACGUGGACAGCGGUGAUGAAGAUAAACUUCGGGAGGCUGUUGCAACUCAGGGUCCUAUUUCUAUUGCCAUUGACGCUAGUCAUCCCUCCUUCCAGAGUUAUGCCGGAGGUAUUUACGAUGAGCCGGAAUGCAGCAGCACCCAGUUAGAUCAUGGUGUUCUGGUUGUGGGGUACGGCAAUGACGCCCAGGAAUAUUGGCUCGUUAAGAACUCGUGGGGAACAAGCUGGGGUGACGAGGGUUACGUGAAGAUGAUCCGUAACAAGGAAAACCAGUGUGGUGUUGCCACACAGGCUUCGUAUCCUCUUGUUUAGAGUUGAGGAGUCUUUCAUGGGACACAACUAGUAAUAGCAAGCCUAUGUCGUACCUGUGAUUGCUUCCCUUUGGCCAGAUUUUCGAUCUGAUUCCGGAAACUGAUAUCUCAAUACUUUACCUACAAACUUGACUGUCAUUUAUUCAUGGGCUGUGAUAUCCAUGUUAACAUUGUUGUGUAAAUCUUUAAUUUGAAGCUACAUGGAUAUGCAAUUUUCCAGCUUUCUAGAACUGUUUGAUGAUGUUGUGGUAUUGUUUUCGAAUGAUUAUUGAUUUUUUGUGUUACAUGUGAUUUUUCUUAGAAAUGUUUUUUUGUAAAUAUCUAUUUUUUGUGAUAUAAAUGGUUUGUAAAGCUAUGUUUCUGUUAUGUAUCCAUAAUUAACUUCUUAUAAAUGUUACGUCAAUGUGCUUACUGCAAAACAAAUAAAGACCUGUUCAGAUUUUUCAAAAUUUUAGAUUACAUUAUUUAUACAAUUUUGUUGAUAUAUUAUAAUGUGAACCUUAGAAAUUUCUUGUGAAAAACAGAUUUGCUUUGAAUCAGUAAAACAAAUAUUGAAUCUCAUAUCUAAAAUCUAAAUCAUUUCAAGAACAGUUUUAUGACAGUGUGUUUGAAAGUGAAAAUGAACGAGUUACUCUUUUACAUUCCUUGAUAAUUUGUUGAUAAUAAUUCUAUAUUGAUUUGGUGCCUCAGUCAUUAUAGGUUGUAGUGUAAUCCUCAUUUGCUUUUUCACUGCUUCGGCUGUAUGUGUCGAGAGAAUUUUCAGAAUGGUUUGACAGAAGCUUUUAAUGCCUAUUGAGAAAUGGAUGUUUUUGAUCUUUGGUUAAAGGGAACUGCAUUGUACUGUUACAUAAUUUAAAUAUUAGCUUUAUUAACUAAAUAUAGCAGAAUCACUUAUUAACCUCGUUUUCGGUUUAAUUAAUCUAGCUGAUUUGGGAAAAGUUCUUUAAACUCGCAGCUUAAUUAGCAAUAAUUAACCAAGCUACUUUAAUAAAUAAUAUAUAUACAUAUAUGAAAAUCAUUUUCACCUUGUCUAAAUUUAUGCUAGGGAUCAAAAAAAACCAAGGUAUUAGUUGUAGAUUAAUUGUCUGUUGUAUGUUUCAACAUUUAACCACUGCUGAUGAUAUCAGAUAUAUAUUUGGAAGAUGCCUAGCUUUAUGUUUGAUUUGUGUUGUUUAGAUAUUGUGAUGCGUUCAACAUGUUUCUUUGUCAAAUCUUAUUUUUCAAUAAAUUUUCAUAUAAUGUUA